GGAAGGGGAGGGGGGGGGGAGGAGGGAGCCGCUCACAGGAACCCUCCAAAAAAAAGAUGGCGGCGGGCUCGGAUCUGCUGGAUGAGGUUUUCCUGAACACGGAGGUGGACGAGAAGGUGGUGAGCGACCUGGUGGGCUCCCUGGAGUCCCAGCUGGCGGCCUCCGGCCACCACCACCAGCACCACAAGGCGCAGGAGCCCCUGCGGGCCGCUGGGGGGCUGCUGGGGAACCAUGUUGUGAGCAGCGGCAGCCCCAGCCCCAGCCCCAGCCCCGCCGGAGCAGGAGCGGGAGGCACCGCGAACGCCCAGCCGGAGAGCGGCGGCAAGAUGGGGCUGAGCGCCCCGGAGCUGGCCAAAGCAGGAGCAGGAGCGGUGCAAGGGGGUGUUAUUAAUCAUAACACCAGGUCCCAGACUUCAGCUCUGGAUGGAGCCACCACGACGAGCACCAGCACCACCACUGCAGCAGCAGGAGGAUCUGAAGUCACUGCUGCUCCAGGGACCCUCAGUCAGGGCAAAUCGGUGGUUAUCAGCACCAUGGCGACUGCCAUGUCCACCAGGAAUGGCAAGAUUGGGACCACAACAGUGCAAACUUUGAAUGGGAGUAACGUGGUGAUGAACUCUCACCAUGCAGGAAGUGCUGCUUUCUCUGGGACUCCUGUGACUGCUAACCCCGCUUCUGCACCUGCUGUUGCCCCUCUCGUUAACAAUGGACCUGGAUCUGUGGGAAAAGGAAAUACUGUUAACGCUGUUUUGCCGUCAGCUUCCAACACUGUCAUCCAGACUUCUUUCCUUAAUACUGCUGUGUCCUCCGCAUCUUCCUCCUCGCCCACAGUUAUCUCCUCGCAGCCGCCACCGAGCGUUGGAAGUGGGGGGCCUACGGUGACGCUCGUGAGGCCACCGAUCCACACAGCAGGACCCACAGUGGCUGCAGCUGGUGCAGCCACUCAGAAUGGGAGCAAUACUGUGAUCAAUUCAACCAUCAGCGUGGGGAGUUUUCCUGCUGUUGCUACAGCCACUGUGGGAUCUGGAGUUUCCCUCCAGACGUCGCUUGUGAACAGCCAGCCUGGUACCACCGUACCAGCAGCUCCCGCCACGCAGGUCAUCAAAUCUGAGUCUCCUAAAACUAUAGUCCAGGCAGUAUCCCAACAGCAGACGCUGGCUACUGCUGGCCAGCCCAGUACUACAGGGGGUAACAUGAUUAUUGGGCAAACUAUGCAAGCUGGGCUCUCCAAUGUUGCUCCCAAUCCUGGUGGGAUACCUCCUGCAGCACCUGGCACCCCUACGGGAAUGGCUAAAGGCACUGCCAACACAGUGGCACAAACUCUGCCAAGGACUCCAACAGCAACUACGAGUGGAAUCAGAGCAACUUUGACUCCUACAGUUUUAGCACCUCGUUUGCCUCAGCCACCUCAGAAUCCAACUAACAUUCAGAAUUUUCAGUUACCACCAGGCAUGGUCCUUGUGCGUAGUGAGAACGGGCAGUUGCUGAUGAUCCCUCAACAAGCCUUGGCGCAGAUGCAAGCACAGGCACAUGCCCAGUCUCAGCCUCAGAAUACUAUGACUCCUCGUCCUGCUACCCCUACCAGUGCUCCUCCAGUACAGAUAUCGACAGUGCAGGCUCCGGGAACGUCUAUUAUUGCACGACAGGUGACACCAACUACUAUUAUCAAGCAAGUGUCUCAGGCUCAAACAACAGUGCAACCCACCACAACGCUACAGCGUCCUCCUGUUGUGCAACCUCAGAUUGUUCUGGGUGGUACUGCACAAACAACUACACUGGGGACAGCAACAGCUGUACAAACUGGAACUCCUCAGAGAACAGUGCAAGGAACGACGGCAACCUCCACUGCUGCCACAGAAACUAUGGAAAAUGUGAAGAAAUGCAAAAACUUUCUAUCCACGUUAAUAAAACUGGCAUCAUCUGGAAAACAGUCUUCAGAGACUGCGGCUAACGUGAAAGAAUUGGUACAGAACCUGCUGGAUGGAAAAAUUGAAGCAGAAGACUUCACCAGUAGGCUCUACAGAGAACUUAAUUCUUCACCUCAACCUUACCUUGUGCCUUUCCUGAAGAGGAGUUUACCUGCCUUGAGACAGUUAACACCGGACUCUGCAGCUUUCAUUCAGCAAAGUCAACAGCAGCAGCCAACAACGCAAGCAACAACUGCACUUACGGCAGUGAUGCUAAGCCCGUCGGUUCAGCGCACAGCAGGGAAGGCGACUGCAACUGUAACGAGUACUCUCCAACAACCUGUAAUCAGCCUAACUCAGCCUACACAAGUUGGUGUUAGUAAACAAGGGCAGUCUACACCACUGGUUAUCCAACAGUCUCAAAAAGCAGGGACAUUGAUAAGGCCUCCACAGGUAACGUUGACACAGACACCGAUGGUAGCGUUGCGGCAACCACAUAGUCGUAUUAUGCUUACUACUCCUCAACAAAUUCAACUGAAUCAACUUCAGACAGUACCUGUGGUAAAACCAACAGUAUUACCUGGAAACAAGGCUAUUGCCACUGUUUCAACACAAGUAGCUGCUGCUCAGAAGAAUAAACUGAAAGAACCUGGGGGAGGUUCUUUUAGGGAUGACGAUGACAUUAAUGAUGUUGCAUCAAUGGCUGGAGUCAACCUGUCAGAGGAAAGCGCUCGAAUAUUGGCAACAAACUCUGAGCUAGUGGGCACGUUAACAAGGUCCUGUAAAGAUGAAACCUUCCUCUUCUCAGCACCUUUACAAAGAAGGAUAUUAGAAAUAGGUAAAAAACACGGAAUAACAGAAAUCCAUCCUGAUGUAGUUAGCUACGUAUCACAUGCUACACAACAAAGACUACAAAACCUCGUGGAAAAAUUAUCGGAGACUGCUCAACAAAAGAACAUUUCUUAUAAGGAUGAUGAAAGAUAUGAACAAGCAAGUGACGUUCGGGCACAGCUCAAGUUCUUUGAACAACUUGAUCAAAUAGAAAAGCAGCGUAAAGAUGAACAAGAAAGGGAAAUUUUAAUGCGUGCAGCAAAGUCUCGAUCUAGACAAGAAGAUCCAGAACAGCUUAGGUUGAAACAGAAGGCCAAGGAGAUGCAGCAACAGGAGCUAGCACAGAUGAGACAGAGGGAUGCCAACUUGACUGCAUUAGCUGCAAUUGGUCCCAGAAAGAAAAGGAAAGUGGAUUCACCAGGAUCUGGAUCAGGGACAGAGGGAUCUGGUUCAAAUGCAGCAGUCCCAGGCAGCUCUGGAGUUGGAACAACCAGACAGUUUACGCGACAAAGGAUAACGCGGGUGAACCUCAGGGACCUCAUAUUUUGUUUAGAAAAUGAGCGAGAGACAAGCCAUUCACUAUUGCUAUAUAAAGCAUUCCUUAAGUAAAAUGGAAAAGAUCAAGGUAUUUUUGACGGAGAGCCGCCUGAGGACAUUUUUUAUAUAUUUGCAAAUUACGCCUUUUUGUAACAAGCAAAUGGGAUAUUGUUUAAAAAACAACCACCUCUUUACAUGGAACAGUUUUAUAUUCCUGUUUAUAAAUAAACUCUUCAGUAUAAGAGAAAUACAUUUCUGUAACAGUGAGGAUACUUACAAGGCCUGUGGAUACUAUAAAAGGACAAUUAAAUUUUAACUCAUCUCUUGAUUGAGUGGCCUUCUUGCCAAACAAGCCAUAUAUAAAGACUGAUGGAAUCGUUUAGCAAAUAACUAGCUACCCUUUGUCAGCCCUGUAGCAGUUUUGACAUUAAUUGUGCAUUUUAGUUCAGUUUUAUUCAACUAAAUCAAUUAUAUAGGCAUAUGUCUACAGCAGAUGACCUCAUUUCAUUUAGCUUUUUUUUUAAACAGUCAGUUAGCAAAGCAAACUGAUUUUUUAAGAAUAUUUAUCUUUCCCCAAAAUGUUCAAAAUCUAGAGGGAUAUACAGUUAAUUUUAAACAUAACCUCAAUUUUAAUCACAUUAUUGCUUAUUAGAGGCCCUGAAAUCCCAUAAAGGAGGGUUACUUCUGAAUGUUUUAGCAGCAUCUGUAAAAAUGCAUAUUAUUUGCUAUAGUUUGUAAAGCUGUAAAGUUAAAAAAGGAAAAAAAGGAAAAAAAGAGAAACCUUUUCAGCAUAAAUAUAUUUUACUUGCACUGUGUUUUUUAGCUAAAGUGAAAGCUUAGAUUAAAUAAAAUCAAAGUUGAGAGGAAUCAUCAAAAGACUGUUUCUCAGUGUGAAUCAAGUGUUGAAAAAUGGUUGGUGUAUUUUGUCAGUAAUUGUACAUAAUUUUUGGCACAUAACAUAAAAAUGGCUAUGUAAACUAUAAUUAUUUUGCUAAAAGACUGUAUGCAAGCUGUGGGCCUACUUUAAAGAUGUCCAGAGCAAAGUCCCUUCUUUGUACCUAUUUUUUUAUUACAAAUAUACUAAUUGGUUCUUUAUAUUUUCAGAGGUUAUUGUAUUAAAUUGUCUAUUGAUAGUA